AAGAUGAAACUGAUGAUGUUUGAUUACUUUUACUUAGCCGCUAUUAAUGUUUACUGAAGCCACUCGUUCACUUUAUAAACAGAAGCAGUAAAAUCUAAAACAAGCUUUUGCACUUCGUUUUUCUUCAGAGAGCAUGAUCUUGAAUCAUAUAGAAUAUCUUUGCACUAUCGGUGACGCCCACUUUUUCGCAGACAUGCGCACUGUGUUCGAAGCGGCGGCUAGUGAGGCAAUGAUGGCGUCUUCGGCUGUUCGAUGUUCCUCACGAUGGAUUACAGUCAUCGUGUCCUCUGGACAUCGCCGGGUUGCCGGUGCUGUUGUCUGCUCUGGUCAUGGAGGGGUCCGCAGUGUUUCGACACUGGGAGCGGGAAAACUGUGGCGAGGAGAGAACCUGGUGUGCUGCGAAGCAGGGAAAGCGUUGACAUUGAGAGGGCUGGCAGGUCUCAAAUCACCCCAUGCUAUCUGCACACUGUCCUUUCACACAAGUGCCCCAACUGCCAAGCAGGAUUUUUACCAGAUCCUUGGGGUACCUCGCACAGCAUCCCAGAAAGAGAUCAAAAAAGCAUACUAUCAGAUGGCCAAAAAGUACCACCCUGACACCAACAAAGAUGACCCACAAGCCAAGGAAAAAUUUGCUCAGCUGGCUGAAGCUUAUGAGGUGCUGAGUGAUGAUGUAAAGAGGAAGCAGUAUGACACGUAUGGCUCAGCAGGCUUUGAUGCUGGCCAGGCAGGUGGAGGGCAGCACUACUGGACUGGACAGUCCAGUGGCGUGGACCCUGAGGAGCUCUUCCGCAAGAUCUUUGGGGAGUUCUCAGGAGGCCGUGGCUUUGGAGGUUUCAAUGCCAUAUUUGAUCAGCCACAGGAAUACAUCAUGGAGCUGACAUUCACUCAGGCAGCAAAGGGAGUCAACAAAGAGAUGUCCGUUAACAUAGAAGCAGCCUGCCAGCACUGUGAUGGUAAGGGCCACGAGCCAGGCACCAAGGUCCAGCACUGUCACCACUGCAACGGCUCUGGCAUGGAGACGGUGAAUACAGGCCCAUUUGUGAUGCGAUCCACAUGCCGACGCUGUGGCGGCAAAGGCACAGUCAUUUCCACCCCUUGUCAUACCUGCCAUGGGACAGGACAGACCAAGCAGAAGAAGACUGUGGUGGUUCCUGUGCCUGCAGGAGUCGAGGACGGUCAAACAGUCAGAAUGCCAGUUAGUAAGAAGGAGAUCUUCAUCACAUUUCGGGUCCAAAAAAGUCCUGUGUUCAGGAGGGAUGGUGCAGACAUCCACUCUGACCUUCAUGUCUCUGUGGCACAAGCCAUCCUGGGUGGCACAGCCAGAACACAGGGCCUUUAUGAAACACUUAACUUGUCCAUCCCUGCAGGCGUCCAGACAGACCAGAGGAUCCGACUAACAGGGAAGGGAAUUGCUCGUGUCAGUGGCUAUGGCUUUGGAGACCACUAUGUCCAUGUCAAAAUAAAAAUACCCAAGGUGCUGACGGACAGACAGAGAGCUUUGCUAAUGAGCUAUGCUGAGGAAGAGACAGAUGUAGAGGGUACAGUGAGCGGCGUCACUGCCACCAGCACAGGUAAAAGAUCCUGGAACUCAUAGGCUCCAUCAGCAUGUCAGAGGGCAGAGAGGAGGACACUGUAAAGAAAAGACAGUCUCAUUAUAAUAAAGAGGAUGGAGGUUUAAGGAGAAUUGGGUGUUGGAUAAGACCUACAAGGGUUCUGGGUGGAUCAGUAUGGACCUACCUACCUGUUGUGCCCUUCAGUGAACAAAGAAGAGGAUGUUCUGGUGCAUCACAUGCAUCUACUAAAUGUCCAUUGAGCCUGUUUUGGCUUUGAAGACUUGUCAUUUAUCAUAACAGUUAUUGCAUGUUGGCUUUUUGUUGAUUGCUUUAAGAAAAACAUGACGGUGAUAACAGAAUCUAUGCACAGAAAUAAAUUAUUGUAUUGAGAGACCACAGAUACAGUCAAAUGUUUUAUUCAGGAUUAAGUGGCCCUCUUAUUAGUCCUUUGUUCUGUAUAGUUUGUGUUUUCAUGAAUGCUUGAAUUUCUCCUGCAAUCCUCAGCACUGUCAGUCCUUAGAAAGUGAGUAUCAUCAUGACUACAUUUACCUUUGGGUGUAAGGUGGGACAGUGUAGAAGUGUCUGCAGUGAAUAGUCGGUGUCCACUCUCUGAUUGAGGAUUAAGCUGUGGAAAGGUCAGGCUUUCCUGAACCAUGAACACUGACAACUCUGAUCUGUCCCUGUUUAACCCUUCACACUAUAAUAGAGAAAUGACUUGGGAGUUCUGAACCAUAAUUACAUUUUGUAGAUAGACAAAUGAAAUGAACAAAUAAAUAUGUCAAAGAUACUAUACAGCAAUAAUAAAACUGGUGUGGAAAAAGCCGGUUUCAUAGAAGUCACUAAACAAAUAGUACUCAGAAUGCUUAAUAUCUGUAUUGUUCACCUUUAUUUAGAAAUGGUAACAUGCAACCCAAUACACCACUAAAUUACCUCCAACCAAGUCUGAACAUUAUAAACACACAUGUAAGAUUAUUGCAGAGCUGAUCUAUUCGAUUAUGCGGAUUUGCAUAGCUGUAAUUAAUGGCCUACAUUUUUACUUUUAAAUAAAUAAAUCUAUCAGCGUUAUUCUCAGACUGGUCUUCUGUGCAUAUUCUUUGUAACACGAGCUGACUUGUCUUGUUUGGACCAGUGUGGUAGCGUUUUCUGUUUUGUAUAAGAUGGAUCAUUACUAAAAUAACCGGCUUCCAGAAUUAAGAAGUGAUCUUGGUGGUGGGAAAGGGGAUUUUUAUUUCAUUACAGACAAUACAACAUACUUCAGAUUUUCACUUAUACAGUGACAGUAGUCGGUGGCAAAUAAAGCUUUGUCCAAUUAGAUACACAAAAGCAGGAGAAUUCAGAAUCAACAUGAAUUAAUCAAGCAUUCCACUUCAUGUUAAUCUAUGGUUUGAUCAGUUGCCAAAACUACCUUGACUCCUGAGACUGAAGUAUCUCUUCAGUAUAUCCAAAAACACUGAAGCAUUUUGACACAUCACAAUGACACCAGAAGAAUGAAAUACUCAUGUAUGUCAGGCAGCCCCCAUGUUAGCCAUCCAUAUGCAAUGCACUGUUGCCAUCAGAAUGCAACAUGAACCCGAGACUCUCAAAUACACAACACAUCAUCACCUAGGUCGUCACAUCUGUGAUCAAACAACCACACUACAGCCGUUGUCCUGUUCCUGGAAUGAGCUUUGCUAGAAGAGGAAUACUGCACAUUCAGCAAAGUUAAUGAAAUGUCUUUACUUUGUAAG